CAUGUGAUGAAAGUAGUCCGGAUGACGGAUGGAAAGUCUUUGGUGACUAUUGUUAUUAUCUGGGUAAUGAUGAAAUGCUAACCUGGCAUGACGCAAAUGCAAACUGUUUAAGCAAAGGCAGUAAUUUAGCCAGCGUUCAUUCUGAAGAGGAAAAUCGUUUCUUACUGAGCAUGGUUGCACACGAAAGUGAUGUGUGUUGGAUUGGUUUUAAUGACCUAGAUCUCGACAAUAGAUUUAGUUGGAGCGAUGAAUCUGUUGUAGAUUUUACAUCUUGGGCAAGCGGGCAACCAAAUGACAUAUAUGGCGAGAAAUGUGUUCCUAUUGUCUUUGAUGGAUCAUGGCACGAUUAUCCAUGUAACGACCGAAAACCGUAUAUUUGCAUGAAAAGAAAAGAUGCUGGUACCAUGACGACAAUGACACCAACAAAAGUAGUAAUAAACGGAGGGUGUCCAGAAGGAUUCAACCACACAUUUGGCAACAAAUGUUUCUACUUCAAUUAUGAUGACAAAACAUACAGGGACCAUGCAAAAGAUCAAUGCGAAACAAUACGUGGGCAUCUUCCAAGUAUUCAUUCUGAAAACGAAAAGGAUUUUAUAGCUUUGCACGUUAAUGGAGUAUCUACUUCAGUCUGGUUAGGAAUGCAAGAUUUAGAUACUGACGGUCAUUUUGAUUGGACAGAUAAUUCUCCCCUGGACUAUUCAAACUGGGCACCAAAUGAACCAUCAAGCAAUCACUACGAUGCCUACGCACAUGAGCCAUGUGUUGAAAUGUGGACAAAUGGUGAUAAUCUUGGUUUAUGGAAUGACGUAAAAUGCUCUGUUAGUAGAGGAUUUUUGUGUUCAACAUUUAAAGACCCUUCAAUACCAAUUCUGAGUGUAUGUCCUGACGGGUAUGUUUUAUUGAAACAGAUAUGCUAUAUGUUGAUAACUGCAACACAGUCUUGGAACCAAAGUUUGCAGUCAUGUUCAAUUGAUGGUGCCCAAAUGAUUUCAAUUGCUAAUCCAGUUGAUUUCCUCGUGUUAAAGGUGUUGUUAGGCUCUGUCGACCUAACGACUGAAGUUUGGGUUGGAGGAACUUUAAACGACAACAAUUUACAAUGGAAUGAUGGAUCGAGUCCAACUGUACCUGCUCGAACUUCGAUACCCACAGGAUGUCUUUAUAGCCGAAAUAAUAUCUUGUCAAGUGCUGAAUGCAGCGAAAACCGUGUAGUUAUUUGCAAAAUAGAUAACAGUAUAAGUACAACCUCUUCCACUACAGUUGUUACAACCGUAACUGAUCCUUAUACUUACACAUGCCGUGACAAAUCUUGGAUACUCUACAAAAACAACUGCUACACCACUGUUUUAGAAUUAACCAGUUUUCCAUACACAAAAUGUUCCGAUUACGGCAUGGCCCUUGCCAGUAUAAAUAGCGCAGACGAAGAGUAUAACAUAACAACGCAAAUAUUACAAAGAUAUUCAUCGGAAAGAUAUCACGGCCACUAUCCUUAUUUUUGGAUUGGUCUUACAUUGCUAACAGGGAAUGAGCCAGGAGAUACGUGGACAGAUGGCAGCAAACUUGUUUACUCUAACUUUGACAACGAUGACAGAAACAAAAGACAGGGAUGUGUGUAUAUGGUGCUAUAUACACAACAGUGGCGAGUAGGAUCCUGUAUGGAUAAACAUUUUUAUAUUUGUAAAGGACCUGCAGAUAUCGCUAUGGUCCCGUCAAGCACAAGUCAAGCAGAAAAUUCAACAGUAUCGUCGACACUAACAACAACACAGUUUAAAUUGCCACACAUUCAUCGAAGCAGUAAAAUGGACCGAGUUGCAGACGACUCUGGUUUAACUGGGGGACAGAUCGCUGGCAUCAUUAUAGGUGUUAUUGGCCUAUUAGUGAUCAUUGGCAGCGUCGUGUACAUCAUAAAGUCAUGGACGUUCAAGAAACCCCCAUACAAUUUUGCAUCACCAUCACUUGGAUUUGAUAAUGCAUUGUUUCAUAAAAAUCAGGAAAAUGUUGACAUAAAUUAAGAUGUAUUACUUUGAGACGAGCAUCAAAGUUAAAUGAGGACUAUUUAAACUGAGAGAGUGUUAAAAUUGAGCGUAUUUAUGAUAUAAUGAAUAUAAUGAGUGACAGGUCGAGAGAGAAAUUAAAGUUUAUGUUAUAUUCAAAUAGAAUAAAGUCAUGUAAAUGAUUGUAUGAUAAUGAUGAUAAUA